AUGGUGUCAAGUUGUGAUUGCAGAAGAGAGGAUCUAGCUGUUGGCCAGACCGAGGUGCCGCGGGGUGCUCUGCAGCCGCGGGCGCGUGCUCUGCAGCCGCACGGCUCGCCGCAUCAAAGAGAAGAACCUUUCAGCUUGUGCCAAGGCCUCAUUUACUCGCCAACAGCUCCCGCCUGGAUUAAGGAGGAGAAGAAGCCCCCUUCUCUGCCAGUACAGCCCCCUCCUCCGCCUCUGUCAGCCGUACCGGGGGGCUUCCUCAAGCAGCUCGUGAGGGAGACGGAGAAGGAGACACGCCUGAAAGAGCCAGAAGUGAAAGAGGAGCGGGCGCCCAGUAAACUCAGCAACGACCUCGUUCAGCAGUUCCUGCACCCUGACGAGACCCCGUCGAUCCUGGAGGCGGAGAUGUCGCUGCGGGCAGAGCAGCUAGUGAACGGCGAGGGGGGCCGACUGGCAGGGGACAGAAAAGACCCCUCUAGAGCGGAAACGUACCCUAGCCCCAGAGUCUGCCCAGAGGGGAUGAAGGAGCAACGUGAGAAAGAGGAGACGAAAGAGGCCGAGAAGGAGAGAGGAGGAGAAACAGAUGAGAGACAGGAGCCAGAGGGACGCCUCGCUGACAGCGACACAACUGAGCACGAGCGGAUGCGGAGGGCGGAGCCUCAGAAGGACGUGUGGUAUGAGGCCAGGAAGGUGUGGUUUGUGUACAAAGAUGGCUUCACCCUCGCCGUGCAGCUUAAGCCUGACGAGGGAACCCCGGAGCUGCCCGACGGGAGGGUGCGAGUGCGGCUGGAGACUGAUGGGUCUGUCCAUGAUGUUACCGAGUACGAGAUUGAGAAAGUGAACCCUCCUGAGCUGGACCUGCUAGAGGACCUGAGCGACCUACAGAGUAUCAGCGAGCCCAGCGUCCUGCACGUGCUAUGCAGCCGUGCCCGUGCCCAGCUGCCGCUCACCCGCGCCGGGCCCAACGUGUUGGCCCUGUGGCCGCCUUCCAGCCCUCAGAGCAAGGGCCCGUGGGGUCGCCGUAGCGAAGGGCCAUGGGAGGCCCCCUCCGUGCUCCAGGCCCUCGUGCGUCGCACUUACGUUUCCAUGGUGCGGCAUCGGCGGGACCAGAGUGUGGUGGCAUUGGGCAGAAGCGGCACGGGCAAGACCACUGCCUGCGUGUCCUUCGUGCAGGAGCUGCUGAAGCAGACUGGCACUGCAGGGGGCAGUGUGACUGCUGAGAAGCUGCAGUCCGUCUUCACUGUGCUGCGCUCCUUCGGCUGCGUGAGCUCCCAGCACAGCGAGGCCUCAUCCCGUGUAGCCGCUGUGCUCUCCAUCGACUUCAACCACGCCGGCCUGGCAGCGGGAGGACACCUACAGACCAUGCUGCUGGAGAAGUGGAAGGUGUGCCAGAGACAGGAGGGCGAGAGCAACUUCCUGGUCUUCUCCCAGAUGUUGGCAGGGCUCAGUGCGGAAAUGAGGACAGAGCUUCACCUGCACCAGCUGAGUGAGAGCAACUCAUUCGGUAUCGUCGCACUGGCGAAGGUAGAGGAGAGGCAGAAAGCAUCAGCUGCCUUCUCAAAGUUGGUGGCUGCCAUGGAAUCACUGGACUUCUCAGCCAAUGAGCAACGAGCGAUUUGGCAUGUGCUGGCCGGAAUAUACCAUUUAGGGGCAGCGGGGGCCUGCAAAGUCGGUCGGCGGCAGUUCGUGAACUUCGACAGUGCCCAGCUGGCCAGCAGUGUCAUCGGCUGUGAGGGGGAGGAGCUCCAGACUGCGGUCUUCAAGCAUCACCUGCGUCAAUUAUUGGAGAAGGCCACCGGGGGCAGCAGAGGGAGGCACUACCCUGAGGGCACAGAGGAGAGCGGCCCCCGGCUCAGCGCCUCUCAGUGCGUGGAAGGCAUGGCCAUCGGCCUGUAUGAGGAACUCUUCUCCACCGUCGUCUCCCUCAUCAACAGGUCACUGUGCUCCCAGCAGCUGACGCUGGCCUCCGUGAUGGUGGUGGACGCUCCCGGCCUGCGAAACCCCCGGCACGGCGGCGAGGAGCGGGCGGCUGGCUUUGCAGAGUUCUGCCACAAUUACCUUCAAGAGAGGCUCCUCGAGUAUCGCUACAAUCACACGUUCACACACACAUUGGAGCAAUAUGUUCAGGAGAAAGUGCCGGUGGAUUUUGCAGCCCCCGAGUUCAGUCCCACCCAAGUCGUCUCCGCUGUCGAUCAGCCAGUGCUGCAGCUGCGUGCAGCGGAGGAUGACCCUCGCGGGCUACUUUGGGUGCUAGAUGAGGAGAUGAUAACCCCAGGCUCCACAGAAACCAACGUUCUGCAGAGGGCGUGUCAGUAUUUCAGUGAAGCAGUCCGACAGUGUGAGCAGCCCCUUCAGUGUGAGAUUGCACACCAGCUGGGUACUGAUCCGAUCCGCUACGACGUGUCGGGCUGGUUCGGCAUGGUCCAGAACAACCCAUCUGUGCUCAGCGCUGCGUCGCUUCUUCAGAACUCUUCGAUUGGUGUGGUGAAGUCGCUUUUUGGCCCCCGAGCCUCUGUGCCCCCUCUAUGUCAGGGCCUCGGGGGGGUUGAGGGGGGAUCCCAGCGGUCACUACAGAGGAGCGGGGCCAUCAGAAAGACCCUCAGCGGGGGCCUGGCAGCCAUCCGGAGGCACUGCUUCAGUGUCUCUGUCAAACUGCAGGCGGACGCACUCAUCAAUCUGAUUCGCCGAGCAAACCCCACCUUCCUGCAGUGCUUCAGCGCCAAGACCGACGGCGGUGGCUUCGACGUCCCAUCCCUGCGUGCCCAGCUGACCUCCACCAGCGUCCUCCCCGCGCUGCAGCUCCACCGCACAGGCUACCCGGACCACAUGUCCCUCAGUGACUUCCGCUGCCGAUUCCAGGCCUUGUCCCCCCCUGUCAUGAAGAGAUAUGGCUCGGUCUUCAUCACGCCGGACGAGAAAAAGGCGGUGGGGGAGCUGCUGAUCGACUUGGACAUGGACAGGAAGAGCAUCGUUGUUGGAGCCAGCAGGGUGUUUAUGAAACGUGGAGUGAUGCUGUCCCUGGAGCAGCAGAGGGACCAGCUGGUGAGCGGCUGGCUUGUGCUGCUCCAGGCCUCCUGCGUGGGACACCAGGCCAGGCAGAAGUACCGCUGCAUGAAGGUGCAGCAGAUGGCUGUACGCUGUGUGCAGAGGAACGUGAGGGCCUUGUCCACCGUACGCCCCUGGAGCUGGUGGAAGCUCCUCUGCAGGGUGCGCCCCCUGCUGGACAUCAACAUCGAUGAUCAGCGGUUCCGUGCUAAAGAGGAUGAAGUGUCUGCUUUGAGACGCCGCCUGGAGAAGUCGGAGAAGGAGAGGAACGAGCUACGACAGAGCACUGAUAACCUGGAGACAAAGGUGACGGCGUUGUCCUCGGAGCUGAGUGACGAGCGGUUCAGGGGCGAUGCUGUGAGCCAGGCCCUGGACAUGGAGCGAGCAGAGCGACUCCGCCUCUGCAAGGAGAACAAGGAGCUGCAGGGCCGCUGGGACCAGUGUAAGGUCACCAUUGACAGGCUGGAGAAGCAACUAGAGGAGGAGAAACAGCAGGCAAAGAGUAAGGAGGCACUCAGGGGUGGGGGUGCAGAGAGCGAGCUGCUGCUGCAGUUAGAGUGCGCACAGACGGAGGUGGAGUUCCUGAGGAGGAGACUGCGGCAGGGGGAGGAGAGGCAGGAGGCUGAGCGGGAGGCCCGGGCCCAGCUGGAGAGCAAGGUGUCAGAGCUGCAGACCCAACUGGAGCAGUCAAAGCGUAACCUGACUGAGCUGAAGCGGCAGUGUCGCCGCGUGACCUCUGACCUCCUGGAUGCCCAUGUGCUCACUGAGGCCCUGCAAGGCCGCGCACACGACCUGGACAGGAAACAGCGCAGGUUUGACAGUGAGCUGACGCAGGCCCUCCAGGGGGCUGACGCUGAGAGGGAGCAGAAAGAGAAGGCCAUUCAGGAGAACAUAGCCCUCAGCGCCGAGAUCUUAAGCCUGCAGCGCCAUCUCAAGGAAGUCCAGACAGAGGUGUCUGUCCUGCAGCAGCAGAAGGAGGAGUUGUGCGCUCAGAUCCGAGACUUGACUGCAUCGUCGAACCUGAGCUCCGACUCCAUCCCCAGCCUCAAAAAGCAGCUGCGGGAGCUGGAGGUGCAGGAAAAGGAGCAUGGAGAGGAGAUCUCCAAGCUCACUGCAAAUAUACAGCGGCAUGAGCAGAUGCAUCUGCGCUGCGAGAUGGAGAUGGAGAGGAUGAAGCAGAUUCACCAGAAGGAGCUAGAGGACAAAGAGGAGGAGCUGGAAGACGUGCAGAAGUCAUCACAGAGACGGCUGAGGCAGCUGGAGAUGCAGCUAGAGCAGGAGUACGAGGAGAAGCAGAUGGUGCUCCAUGAGAAGCACGACCUGGAGGGGCUGAUUGCCACGUUGUGUGAACAGGUGGGCCACAGAGAUUUCGACGUAGAGAAACGCCUGAGGAGGGACCUGAAACGUACCCACGCCCUUCUGAGUGACGCCCAGCUGCUGCUGUCCACUGUCGACACCCCUGGCCAGGGGGCUGCCAGCCGCCAGCAACUGGAGCGUCUCAAGAUCCAGACAGAUGGCUGUUUUAUUUCACACCCAUGGUACUGCCCCCUGCAGGUGGAUGAACAGCUAUCCCACCUGCAGCACGAGAAUGCAGACCUUCUGAAAAGAUUGGAGGAAGACCAGGAAGACCUCAAUGAGCUGAUGAAGAAGCACAAGGCUCUCAUAGCCCAGUCCUCCAGUGACAUCUCUCAGAUACGGGAGCUGCAGGCCGAGCUGGAGGAGGCCAAGAGGGAGAAGCAAAGACUGCAGGACGAGCUCCAGCAGAGCGUCACGCGGCAGCAGAACCUGGAGGCCUCCACGGUGGCGAGGAGCAUCGUGAGUCUGCAGGAGGCGCGGGUCUGCGACCUGGAGAACAAGCUGGAGUAUCAGAGAGGCCAGAUCAAGAGGUUUGAGGUUCUGGUCCUGCGUCUUCGGGACAGUGUGGUGCGAUUGGGCGAGGAGCUGGAGCAGGCGGCGCAGACGGAGGCCCGCGAGCGCGAGAACGCCCACUACUACCAGCAGCGCCUGGCCGACAUGCGUCUGGAAAUGGAGGAGCUGAGUCUGCGUGAGCAGGAGAGCAGCCGACGGUGCAUGGAGCUGGAGCUGCAGCUGGAGGUGGUGACCUCAGCCCAGCAGGCCCUGCAGGCGGAGCUGGAGACGUCUGCGCAGCGCGUUGCCCGGCUGCAGGCCGCCCUGGACGAGGUGGAGUCCAGCGACGAGAGUGACGGGGAAAGUGUACAGACAGCUGUCCAGGCCGCUGCUAGAAAGAAAGAUCUUGACACGGCAUCCAGUGUGGGGUCCCUGGGCACAGAGGACGUGGGCGAAGGGAUCCGCACUUGGCUGGGCGUGCCCCGCGCCAGGGCGUCUUCGCCGUAUGGAGGCAGCAGUACCACCGGCAGCCUGGGGGGGCGCCAGUCUGUCACAGACACCAUGAGUGCCUACAGCUUCCGGUCUUUCGCGUCGGAGCGGGAGGUGGACCAGACGUCGACGGGGCAGGGGGGGCAGGCAUCAUCCUCAUCCGCCCUGUCCGAGCUGCUGGAGGGGCUGCGUAAGAAGAGAGGGGGGUGGCAGCGGGCGGCCGACCCAGGGGAGGACAGCGCCGUGUCGCUGCCCAUCUACCAGACUACUGGGGCCUCUGUCCUGCGCCGGAGGUCCUCCGCCUUGUCCCUGCAGGAUGAGGAGGACGCUGAAGGGCCCCGGCCCGGAAUCCUGAAGCCCACUAUCCCCCUGGUGCCCCGCGCCUCCAGCUUGCGCUCGUUGUCUGACGAGGCGACCGGCACGGCGAGCGGCAAGCUGGGCCGCUUCGGCUCCUGCGAGUCCCUGGCGUCGUCCGUGACCUCUGCCGCCGCGCUGAGCCGCCGCCGCUCCAACCCCGCCAUCCCUGAGGAAGAGGAGGAACGGUGCGCUCGGGCCCCCGGCGCCACCCGCUCACCGCAGCUCAUCCACCGGCGCAUCCUGGGCAGCCUGGCGGCAUCCGAGGUCGACGAGCUGGAACUGGGCGCCGAGCCGCUGGUCUUCCAGAACCGCCGCCUCCACGGACACCUGGAGGAGGAGGAGCAGCUGGACGACGCAGCGGCAGACGCCGCCUCGGACAUCCUGCCCGCCGUCCGCCGUGCCCGCUCCGUCAGCAGCCUGUCUGGGGCCAGCUCCGUCCGGGGUGGGGGCCGGCGCGCCCUCAGCGUGCACUUUGGGGAGCUGCCCCCUUCCCGGACAGCCUCCCGACGCGGCUCCGACUCUGACGACUCCGGCUCGGGGGGGUGUCAGCGCCGGGGGGAACGCCUAGAAGCCGAAGGGAGUGAGGGAGACAUCAACGCCGUGAUGAAGAAGUACUUGCGCCAGGCUGAGGCAGACUGAGUGUCUGACUGUACCACAGGCCUCGGUGAGCACUUCCACACUUGGAGAGAAACCACUGAGCGCCCUGUCAGCCUGCAAGCUGGAUGCGGAGGCACGCUGGAAGCGGACACAGGAGAUAUUUUAAAACUUGUUUAUACUCAAUAAAGAUCAUAUAAAACCAGA